AUGGUGCCAAGAUACUCCAAGAUGGAAUUUUCCACUUAUGAUGGUGUUGGUGAUCCUUUAGGAUGGUUAAAAAGAUGCGAAAAUUUUUUUGGCAAUCAGCGGACCAACGAAGAAGACAAAGUCAACUUAGCUUCAUUCCAUCUCUUAGGAGAAGCACAAUUGUGGUUUGAUCAAAUCGAGGAAGAGGAGGCAAAUCUGGAUUGGGAGCGCUUUAGAGAGUGUUGUCAUGUCAGGACUACUGAUCUUAAACCUCGACAACAAGUAAACCUUUUUACUGCCGGAUUAGUAGAGGAACUUAGAAUUGAUAUCGAGAUGCAACAACCGGAAACCUUGGAGUUGCAAUGA